UAAUUGCGUGUGUCUCAGAAAGUCUGUAUAAAAUUCUCCGUGGUGGAAGAUCAUAGCGAGGGAUGGUUUAACAAAAUGAAGGCAUUCAUUGCAGCACUGCUUUUGAUCACACUGCAGUAUUCGUGUGCUGUGAGUCCCACUGACUGCAAUGCUGUUGAGCCGGAGGCCGAGAAAGCUCUAGACCUGAUCAAUAAAAGGCGACGGGAUGGCUACCUUUUCCAAUUGCUGCGGGUUGCUGAUGCCCAUUUGGACAGAGUGGAAACUGCAACUAUAUAUUACUUAGCCUUAGAUGUGCAAGAAUCUAACUGCUGGGUCCUAUCCAGGAAACACGGGAAUGACUGUGAGCCAGCUGGUUCCAGACGUCCAUCUGAUACAGUGAUCGGACAAUGUAAGGUAAUAGCUAUAAGACAUUCCCAUGAAUCCCAGGAUCUGAGAGUGAUUGACUUUAACUGCACCACAGGUUCUGUCUCUUCAGCACUGGCCAAUACCAAAGACAGUCCCGACCUCUUACAUUUCUUUGAGGAUACCGAGCCCUACAGAAAACAAGCCGACAAAGCCCUGGAGAAGUACAAAGAGGAGAAUGAUGACUUCGCCUCUUUCAGAGUGGACCAAAUCGAGAGAGUUGCAAGAGUGGUGAGAGGAGGGGAAGGAACCAGUUACUACGUGGACUUCUCUGUGAGGAACUGUUCCAGGAACCGUUUCCCCAGACACCCUAAUGUCUUUGGAUUCUGCAGAGCAGAUUUGUUCUAUGAUGCAGAAGCCUUGGACUUGGAAAGCCCAAAAGACCUCGUCGUAAACUGCGAAGUCUUUGACCCUCAGGAACAUGGAAACAGCAGUGUACCACCUCAUUUGGGAUGUCCGUUCCAAUGGGGUGGGCAUGAGCAUUCUCUUCCUACCAAGUCUCCAUUUAAGCCCCAUGGGUCCAGAGAUCAACAUCAUCCCCACAAGUCACAUAAACAUGGAUGCCCACCCCCUCCAGAUGAAAAAGAUUACUCAGACAGACCCCCACUUCAACAAGGUGCUCCUCUGGUGCCCAUGUCCUGCCCAAGAUGUCAUCAUGCCACUUUUGGCAUGAAUAGGACCCAAAGACAUCCUCAUAAUCAUAAUGCCAGUGACCUCCAAUCCCAUGGACACCGUCCCCAUGCACACCAUCCUCAUGAACACGGUACCCACAGACAGCAUCCCCACGGACACCACCCCCACGUACACCAUCCUCAUGAAAAUGGUACCCAUAGACAGCAUCCCCAUGGACAUCACCCCCAUGGACACCACCCCCAUGGACACCAUCCUCAUGAAAAUGGUACCCAUAGACAGCAUCCCCACGGACAUCACCCCCAUGGACACCACCCCCAUGGACACCAUCCUCAUGAAAAUGGUACCCAUAGACAGCAUCCCCAUGGACAUCACCCCCAUGGACACCACCCCCAUGGACACCAUCCCCACUACCAUGAUUUCCAAGACUAUGGACCCUGUGACCCACCACCCCAUAGCCAAGGUCACCAUCACCAUGGCCAUGGCCCACCACCUGGGCACUUGAGAAGACGAGGUCCAUGUAAAGGAUACUGUCCCUUCCAUUCCAGACCAACUGGAUUUGUGUACCGACUCCCUCCUCUAAGGAAAGGUGAGGUGCUGCCACUUCCUGAAGCCAAUUUUCCCAGCUUCCCACUGCCGCCCCACAACCACCCUCCAAAGCCAGACAUUCAGCCCUUUCCUCAAUCACCCUCUGAAUCAUGUCCAGGGAAGUUCAAGAGUGAGUUUCCACAAGUUUCCAAGUUUUUUGCACAUACAGUUCCAAAAUAAAAUGUGAUUCCUUUGAAGAGGAAAAUGAAUAAUACUUUGAAUUGGAAUCGUAAAGAAAAUGACCAGUAAUUAUGAAAAUUAUGGUUAUUCCAACUUACUUACAUACUGAGGAUGCAGCAAAAUGGGAAUGGGAAAGGAGAUGGCCUGAGAAGAGAGAUCAAGUGGAAAGGAGAGGAAAGAGCUCAAUGCUGCCAAUUAGCAGCUAAUUCUGUCACUCACCACUACAUCGCCUGAGGCAAAUCUAUGCCACUCAGAUCUCCUUCUUUACCAGACUUAACUCUAAUUCCAGAUAUUCUCUUACUGCUUGGGCUACACCUGGGCAUAUCAAUAAAGCAUGAUACUGAAACUAU